AUGUCCGUGCUCGAGGCAUUCAACAAUCUCGAUGUGUCCUCGGCUAGAGACACCUCUGACCAUGAGGCGAUCUUUGAAAUCUCAUACCAGUACUUAUCAGGUGCAGCUGGGUUCAACCACUCUGUUUCAUUCAAAAACUGUAUUGUCGCCUUGAUUAAGAUGGAUAAAUACUACAAAGCCGUUGACUUGAUUUCCAAGACUAAUGCUGAAGUCACCAAGCAGUUUCCACUCGAAGUUGCCUAUGUUUACUAUAAAGUGGGUGAUUUGGAGAACGUGAGGGCUGUCUACAACUCCGCUAGCAACGGAGACUCCGACGAUACUCUCUCAAGAGCUCUCAAGCAUGUUUUGGCUCAGACUUUGUAUCAAACUGGGCUUGUUGCUGAAGCAUUGAAGUUGUAUCACGAGUUGAUUGCAACCCAUAAGAUAGAUAGCGAGUUGGAUUUGGCCUGUAACGAGAGGGCUAUCAUUUUCCAGCUUUCUCUUCAGAAGAAUGUUUUUAAGGAGCCACACUCAAACCUUCCAGAAUCCAAACAGAGUUACGACUACUUAUUCAAUGAUGCUCUUAUCGAAUUAUCGCGUGGUAACAGCACCGAGAGCUUAGAGUUGUUAGACCAGGCAUUGGAGACUUGCAACAAGCAGAAUAGCGAUUGGCCAGAGGAGGAUUUGGUAUUGGAAACUGCUCCUAUUAAACUCACGAUAGCCUACAUCUACCAAACAACCGGCAAGGCUAGAGAGGCGCUUGAAGUGUUGAACUCGUUUGAUGCCACUGCUAUCUCGGAUCUUUUGGUCAAUGCUGUACUCAAGACUAAUUACUACUCAGCGUUGCCACCUCAAGAUAACCUCAACUUGAGCCAAAGAUCUCUCAACUACAAAAACUUAUUGCAUAACUUAAGACUUAAGUUAACCCGUUCCCAAUGGCAAAUUUUGGUCAAGAACCAUUUGCUAUUGUCAUACCAAACAAAUACCCUUUCACGCUCAUCGAAUUACAUUAAGAACUCUUUCGCAAAAGAAUUCAACGAAGAAUUUACGGGUGACUUCUCCCCGCUAGUCUACAAGGUUCUUUUGAGAUUGAAUAUCUCUGCUGAAGAAUUGAACAGCGAGGAGACCAACAAGGCAGUUGCCAAAAAAUUGAGCAAGUUUGUCCAUGCCGAGUUGCAAAGCAAUGAAGUGAGCAACCUUGUUGUAGCAGGUGCCUUGCUCUUGACCCAUGUUAACUCCAAGUUCGGUAAUUUCGAUCAAUCCAUUAGCAUUCUAGAGCGCAUCGUCGAGAUUGAGCUUAAGUCUUCCCAGGAAGUCAGACUACAUGCUGGUGUUUUGGGCCUUUUGAUACUGCUUUACGAGCUUCGUAAUCCAAGCAAAUUGGAUGCCUUGUAUAACGAGUUGAUCAAAAAGCUUGAGUCGAUUCUGAAGGAUCAACUUCAAAAUGAUGGCAUCUUGUAUGAUCUUUACAGAGCGGUUGCAUUGAAGCUUUUGAAUGUCAACCAAAAGGAGCAGGCAUACAACAUCUUUGAACUUCUCGGGGCAGCAAAUCCAAAUGAUGCGGUUGUCGCAAGCAUACUCAAUGGAACCACGGAUAAGUUGACACCUGUUGAACAAUUGGAGUCCAACACCGAAGUUUCAGACCUCCUAGAACUUAAUGUCGAUACCUUGAUUGUGAAGCCAGAGACAAGAUCAAGAAAGCCACAUGGUUUCAAGAAGCCAGAAGAUAAGGUGGUUAAGAAACGUAAGCCUAGACUUCCUACCACCAAGUCCGUGAAACCUGAGGGAGAGUUUGACCCAGAGAAGGAUUUGGAUAAAGAAAGAUGGCUUCCAAUGAAGCUCAGAUCAUACUACAAACCAUCCAAGAAGGACAAGAAGAAGGCUGGUGGCCACCAAGGAGCCCUUGAAUCCUCUCCAGCACCUCAAGGUGAGUCAAAGAAGCAAAAGAAGAAGAAGAAAGGUAAAAAAUAG